GAGCUGGGUGCUGGUCUGGCCGGCGACGCGCGUGCCCUGUGGCCAAACACUGCCCGGAGUGAGAGCAAACUACCAGCGCAGUGCGUGUAUGCGCGCGCGGGGGUGCGCGCGCGGGGGUGCGAGAGGGUGAGCGAGCGAGCACGGGGCGGAGGGGCGGCCAACUGCUUCACACUUUCAACACUGCACCGAAGAGGGAGAGCGAGACAGCCUGGAGACGCACACAUCCCCCCAAGAUCUCCCCAGGCGAACGUCCCACAGAUUACAGGACAGAACCCUCCAAAUCGAAACGGAGGAAACCGACAGCCAUUGAACAUGGACGAAGGAAUCCCUCAUUUGCAAGAGAGACAGUUACUGGAACAUAGAGAUUUUAUAGGACUGGAUUAUUCCUCUUUGUAUAUGUGUAAACCCAAAAGGAGCUUGAAACGGGAUGACACCAAGGAUACCUACAAAUUACCGCACAGAUUAAUAGAAAAGAAGAGAAGAGACCGAAUUAAUGAAUGCAUUGCUCAGCUGAAAGAUUUACUGCCUGAACAUCUGAAAUUGACAACACUGGGGCAUCUGGAGAAAGCAGUGGUUUUGGAAUUAACUUUGAAGCACUUGAAAGCGUUAACAGCCUUAACGGAGCAGCAGCAUCAGAAGAUAAUUGCUUUACAGAAUGGGGAGCGCUCUCUGAAAUCGCCGGUCCAGGCCGACUUGGAUGCGUUCCACUCGGGGUUUCAAACCUGCGCCAAAGAAGUCUUGCAAUACCUCGCGCGCUUUGAGAGCUGGACGCCCAGGGAGCCGCGCUGUGCCCAGCUCGUCAGCCACCUGCACGCCGUGGCCACCCAGCUCCUGACGCCACAGGUGCCCCCGGGCAGGGGCCCGGGCCGCGCGCCCUGCAGCACGGGGGCUGCGGCCACCCCGGGCCCCGAGCGCGCGGCCCGCUGCGUGCCGGUCAUCCAGCGGACUCAGCCCGGCACCGAGCCCGAGCAUGACACGGACACCGACAGCGGCUACGGAGGCGAGGCAGAGCAGGGCCGCGCCGCUGUCAAGCAGGAGCCGCCUGGGGACCCGUCCCCUGCACCCAAGAGGCCGAAGCUGGAGGCGCGCGGCGCGCUCCUGGGCCCGGAGCCCGCGCUGCUCGGCUCGCUGGUGGCCCUGGGCGGGGGCGCGCCCUUCGCGCAGCCCGCCGCCGCGCCCUUCUGCCUGCCCUUCUACCUGCUGUCGCCGUCCGCCGCCGCCUACGUGCAGCCCUGGCUGGACAAGAGCGGCCUGGACAAGUAUCUGUACCCCGCGGCGGCCGCACCCUUCCCGCUGUUGUAUCCUGGCAUCCCCGCAGCGGCCGCCGCCGCCGCCUUCCCCUGCCUGUCGUCCGUGCUGUCGCCGCCUCCUGAGAAGGCAGGCGCGGCCGCCGGUGUCCCUCUGCUGGCGCACGAGGUGGCGCCCCCGGGGCCGCUGCGCCCCCAGCACGCUCACAGCCGCACCCACCUGCCGCGCGCAGGGAACCCGGAGAGCUCUCAGGAAGAUGCCUCACAGCCGGCCAAGGAUGCCCCCUGAGCCCCCGCAGCUCUUCCAGAACAGGGGCAAGGGGCUCCGGAGGAGUCGCCGGGUUUCCAAGUUCAAAGGCCCCUUAACGCGUGCCAGGGAGGAAGAGUAAGAGAUGCUCCGCAGGCUUAGGACAAAAACAGGUGUUUUGUGUACGUUUGGAGUUCCUGUUUUGCCCGUUUCUCACCCUUUUGCCACCCCACCCCUCUACCCGCUCACACCCAACCCCCGCCCCCGCCGUCACAGAUCCUCCGUGAGAAAUACUGGUUAUGUUCUGUUACCCUCCGUAAAUUCAGUCCAUGCCCCCUCCCCUUUCCAGACAGCCUGGUUCUUGGAGAGCCGUGGGGAACCAUUUCCAGCCUGGUGCUAGGGUCCUCUGACUCUGGGGCCUGGCGCAGCAGGUGUGCCUCCCAGCUGUCCCUUUAGGAGGCACUCCCUUAGCCGAGGAUCUCUCGUGAGGCGUAAAUUUACGCCUGUCAGUAUUUUGUAUUGUUUAUCAUUUUGAAAGGUACUCAUGUUUUCAAAGAGGUGAGGAUGCCGUUGCCCUCCUGGGAGGUGGUUGGAGCGGUGGUUACCCCUUGCACUUGUUUGGAAAGACUGGGAGUCCGGCCAUCUUCAGGCACUGUGUCAGGGUGGGAGCUGGGGAGGGAGGUUGGAGCCCUCCCUGGGCGCCUUCGCUCGCACUUUAUUGACAAAUUGACCUCAAAUCCUCUGCCCCACUUUAAUUUCUCAAUUCCUGUGCAUAUGUCAUAGGUCAUGUUUGUGUUUCUGAUGCGUGUCACCCACCCACCCCCGCCACUGCGCGUCAUUUUACCCAUCAUGGUCCCAAAUUUUUGUAACGUUAACAGUUUAGUUUUGGGUUUUUUUUUUUUUUUUUAAGUGCGCUGGGCUGGAAACUGAUUGAUUUGUGCUCACAUUCUUAGAUGACAGACAUGGAGGGAAGGGCUAGGGUCCCCUGUAACCGGAAGUGCUGUGAAGAGGUACAGGGGAGUCCUGCCAGGCCUGCCAUCUCUGGAGACCAAACCAGAUGCCAGAUAAUCAGAAAGAAAGCUUGUUAAAAUAAGGCAUAAACCAAGACCUUGUCUAGAUAUUUUUAGUUUGUUGCCAAGGUAGCACUGAGAAAUCUCACUUGAAUGUUAUGUAAGGGGUGAGACACAAUAGUCUGGAGUGAAGACAUUAUCUGGGUCUAUGAGUGUGUUCGGGUCCGUCUGCUGCUGCUGCUGCUGUUGCUACUGUUUGCCUCAAACGCUGUGUUUAAACAAUGUUCAACUCUUAGCCUACCAAGGCGGCUGUAUGUACAUAGCUGUUAAUACACCCAAUUAAUGAUGUCUGACAUGCUAUUUUUGUAGGGAGAAGAUACGUGCUAAUGAUAUUUUUAGUUAAAAUAUCUUUUGGGGAGGACUUGGUGAAAUGUUUGCACUUUGGUUACGAUGCUUAUAAUGCUAGGUGCAAGCUUACGCUGUCUUAAAUUAUUAAACAAAUAAAUACUGUCUGCAAGAAACCAGCUGGUUUAGACAAGUUUGGUAUGUAAAGAUAAGCUAGAAACUAUCUUUAUAUUCUAGUAUUUUCAGCACUCCAUAAAUUCUAUUAUCUAAAUAUUGCCACACUAUUUUGUGAUUGAAAAAUUCUUACUAAGGAAUAAAAACUUUAUAUAUGAUACGAGGUUGUCUAAUAAUUAAACAAUACUGAAUACCCCCA